AUGUCACGUAAUUUCCAUGGAAAUGGUCACUGUAAAUCGGCAAUACCGGAAUUUAUCAUUUUACGCCAUGGCGGUUGGAGUGGUUGGAGAGAUGGUGGACGUGGUAGUUGCGUGACGGAAUGUGUUCCAUGUCAAAUAAGUGGACAAAUUAAAGUACGACGUUCAAUACGAAUUUGUGAUAAUCUUUAG